GCCGAGGGGACCCUGCAGCUGAAAAAACAAAGAGGAGAGGAAGGGUUAUUGAGACAAGAAGCAGAGCGUGUGUGUGUGUGUCGGUGCGAACGAGGGUGUACGUGUGUGUUUUGAAGCAGCCAGUAAUUACCUUCCAGCAUCUGAACCAAUCAAGAGCUGUGGAGAGAGAGAGAGAGAGAGAGAGAGAGAGAGAGAGAGAGAGAGAAACCAUUUAGAUUUCACAGUCUAUUCCCAGGAAAAAGACCCUCGCGCUCACACACACACACGCGCGCGCGCAGACACACAGCCCGUCCAUUCAACUAGAGUCGGAGAAGGAACGGAAGUGUUUUCUUUGGGGGAGCACAGCUUAUCCUUUCUCCCGUUUACCGACUCGUGGUGGGUGAAGACAGAUGGACAAGAUGAACCACAGCUCAGCUGAGGCAGAGCCUGAAGCCAUAGAACCGCUGCGUUACCUCAGCAAAGGGGAUGCAGCAGCUAUCGAGACAGAACUACUGAGAGACUACAAGUUUGGACAACAGCAGCUCAUAGAGCUUUGGGGACAAGCAUGUGCUCUCGCCAUCACCAAGGCCUAUCCACUGAGUGCUUUAUCAAAGAAGCAACCGACAGUGCUGGUGAUCUGCGGUCCAGAUCAAAACGGCUCCAUCGGCCUAGUGUGUGCCCGACAUCUCCGCAUAUUCGAUUAUGAGCCCACCAUCUAUCACCCGAAACGUUCCUCUCACAGCCUGCACCAGGAUUUCACAAUUCAGUGUGAGAAGAUGGACAUCCCUUUCCUCUCCUAUCUCCCUACGGAGGUGCAACUCAUUAAUGAUGCCUACAACCUAGUGAUCGAUGCCAUGCUAGGCCUGGAGGCAGACUCAUCCAAUAUUAAGGAGCCAUAUUCUGGCAUCCUGGUCACCCUAAAGCAAAUCAAGAUUCCCAUUGUCAGUGUGGAUGUGCCCUCAGGUUGGGAUGCAGAUGAACCAAGUCAGGAUGGGAUAAACCCAGAAGUUCUCAUCUCACUCAUGGCACCAAAGAAGUGCGCGCUAAACUUCUCUGGGAAGCAUUUCUUGGCUGGACGCUUCCUGCCCUAUGACAUUCAGAAAAAAUAUGAGCUUAAUCUCCCAGACUACGCUGGCACGGACUGUCUCCUGGAACUGUAACACACGGAAACACAGGAGCUGGUGUAACCACUCUGCCCUCGGUCACAUUUUAUAGGUUGUUACUGUAAUUUAACGUCAACAUCUCGGCUGUUUAGAUCCAAAAUGCACAUUAGCCAAAUGUGUUGUUGAGCUGCUGUAAAAGGAUGAAUCUUAGAGCAAUGGCUUCGAGUCGUGUCUGUUUAGGAAAUGGCAUGAGGAGUUUGUUGUCAGUCGACGUGUCAGAGCUGUAGCAUUCCACCGUUUUCUAGUUUCCAAAAUUGGCAAAGAAAAAAAAAAGUUUUCUAUCAUUAAAGUCACUGGAUUUUUUUUUUUUUCUUUUUCCAAAAAACUGAAGCUUUUAUGUUCUCAUGUACUCCUUCUGUGGACCCUUCUCCCUCAGUGUGCUGCUAAAAUAACGUGGUGUAGGUUGGCGUUUUGGGUAUAAAUAUAUAAAACUAUAUAUAUUUGUGUU